AUGGCAGUUCCAGGACAUAUCGUUGGUUCCUUCAUACUUCUGUUGCACAUUAGUUCUGUUGCUAAUUAUCCCAAUGGAAAAGUAGCAAAGUCAUGCAAUGGAAUGAUUCCUAUACAUGGUCAUACUCCACACACAGAUCCAGUUCACAACAUUUCAGUGAGUCAGAUGACAUUCAGACCUGGAGAUCAGCUCAAAGUUACUUUGUCAGGGCCCGUAUUUAAAGGCUUUCUCUUGGAAGCCCGUAAUGCUGAGGAUUUGAGUGGCCUUCCUAUUGGCUCCUUCACACUGAUUGACAGUCAAGUGUCACAGCUUCUGACCUGUGAAGAUGUGCAGGGAUCAGCUGUGAGUCACACAAGUUCAUCUAAGAAAACAGAAAUUGAAGUCUUUUGGAAUGCUCCAAGCAGUGCCCCGAAUCACAUACAGUUUCUUGUUACAGUGGUUGAGAAGUAUAAAAGCUACUGGGUGAAGAUUCCUGGUCCUGUAGUUUCACAGCCAAAUGCACUGCCUUUUACCACUCCUGAAGCUGCAACAGCACCUUUGUCAACAUUACUGCCAGUGUCGCAUUUAACCAAAUCAUUCAGUGCUUUGGAUUGUGGUACGAAGAAGUUCUGCAUUAGAAGCCCUUCGAGCUGUGAUCCAGAGAAGGAGCAUGCCUGUGUCUUCCUGUCCUUCACGCCGGAUGAUCAGUCAGUGAUGGUUGAAAUGAGUGGUCCUAGCGAAGGCUAUUUAUCCUUUGCAUUUUCUCACGACCGAUGGAUGGGUGAUGAUGAUGCUUAUGUGUGUAUUCAUGACAAUCAGAUUGUGCACAUAAAACCUUCCCAUUUGAUGGGGCGAAGUCACCCUGUGAUGGACUCUGAGGAUAUUCUUAAGGAUUUGUCUUGGAGGCUGGCGGAUGGUGUUAUGCAAUGUUCUUUCAGAAGAAACAUUACCCUUCCUGGGGUUAAGAAUAGAUUUGAUCUAAACACAAGCUACUACAUAUUUCUAGCAGAUGGUGCCGCUAACGAUGGUAAGAUUUAUAAGCAUUCUCAGCAACCUUUGAUUACAUAUGAAAAAUAUGAUGUGACAGACCAUCCAAAGAACAUAGGAGGAUCCCGUUCUAUGUUUCUUCUAAAGGCUCAUGGUGCCUUAAUGUUUGUGGCAUGGGUGACAACCGCUAGCAUAGGUGUGCUGACUGCCCGCUUCUUCAAACCUGUUUGGUCAAAGAUUUUCUUUGGUAAAGCAGUUUGGUUUCAGGUGCAUCGAGUGCUCAUGCUCACAACUUCUGCCCUCACCUGCAUUGCUUUUGUUCUGCCUUUCAUUUACAGAGGAGGCUGGAGUUGGUGUGCAGGUUACCACCCAUACCUUGGUUGUGUAGUGAUGAUGUUAGCAGUUCUUCAGCCUCUUCUGGCAGCUUUCAGACCACCUUUACAUCACCCAAGAAGGCAAUGGUUUAACUGGACUCACUGGAGUAUUGGAACAGCUGCUAGAAUAAUAGCAGUGGCAGCAAUAUUCCUGGGAAUGGAUUUGUCAGGAUUGAAUCGUUCUGACCCACGGAAAACCUAUGCAAUGAUCGGAUUUGUAGCCUGGCAUGUUGGAACUGAAAUCAUUCUGGAGAUACAUGCUUACCGACUUUCUCGAAAAGUUGAAAUAUUGGAUGACACCAGAAUUCAGAUUCUUCAGUCAUUUUCUGUAGCUGAAGCAGAAGGUCAUGCUUUUAAAAAGGCAGUGUUAGCAAUUUAUGUCUGUGGGAAUGUGACUUUUCUCAUCAUAUUCUUAUCUGCAAUCAGCCAACUAUGAACAAGCAGAGACCUUGACUUUUUGCAGACCAGGUGAUAAGCAAACAAACAAACAAACAAACAAACAAACAAAACUUGAAGCUUGUGCAACUGACUGCUGGAGCAGAUUUGUGAAUUCUAAUUUGGAAAACCUGAUCCUGUCAAUAGAGGAAUUCUGAAGUCUGAUCGUUAGAAAUCAACAUUCAACAGGGUCCUGUGGACCAUAAGCUGAUAGCAAACCUUUAUGUAUAAUCUUGCCUUAUAGUAAAAGCUGUAAUUAAGGGGAAUUGACCCUUAAAUAUUUUCUUUGCUGAGUGAGAUUUUAAGAAUGCUAGCAUUUAAUAAAAUAAACAUUACUAUUUGGAAAACAACAAAAAUGGCAUUAGGACAAAAAGGAGAUUGUAUUAAGAUAAAUGUUCUUUGAACUAUAAAGGUGCUAAAAUUUAAAGAAAAAUUUAUUUUUACUAGUUUAUCUGAAUGGUUUUUCUUAGGACUUAUAGAAAAACUGUGUUGUUCAGCCCAGUUAUUUUUUGCAAGUCUUUUGCUAUAUGUAUUUUGUUACUUUUCUGGUAAAGGUAGCAGUAGGGCUGAAUCUAUUAUAGGUCUCAUUAAUAUUUAAAAAUAUGAAAUUGUCAUUUCUUUCUUAGCAAUGAAAUGCAAGGAUGCAUCUUUGGCUUAAGGACUAUUUUUUAUAUACUCAGCUGCAGUGUUGAAAUGGCAUUUUAAAUGUUGGUUGUUCUCAUUUUAAGAGUUAAAUUCUAGUCUGGGUAUUGUAGAC